AUGCCGACGCCUUCCAACUCGUUCCUGGUCCUGGAGAACUCCAACCAAGAGCUCCCCCCUAACUUGUUGAAGAGUGUGUCCAUCGAGGUCCCGACAGGGAACAACAACCUCCAGGAGGUGGAUCCCCGAGAACUCCUCGCGGAAAUCCGACGCCUCAGCCAGCGCGUGGAAGCCCUCGAAGAGAUGCUAUCCAGCGAGCCUCCAGAUGAGGAAGAUGUCCUUGAGUUACCGGACAGUGCUCAUGAGUCUCAUGUGACAAAGCCGGACUGUUCCCAAGCAGCGGUUUCGCAGACGGAGCAGGCGUUUCAAUCCAAGGAGAUGCUUGCGGGCCUUGACCCGCAGGUGAAGAAGCCUAGUAACCAAAAGAAGAAGAAGAAAACUACUCCUGUGCACUUCGAGGCAAGUGCAUGGAACAUUCCACUCGUGAUUGGAUUGGCCGAUGUGGGUUGGGUGGAUGCCUUGGCAGCCUCGCUCCUCAUCGCAGUGAAUCUUGGCAUGCAAAUUGCAUUUUCAGCCAUUCUUCUGUCCGAGCCUUUCAUGGGAGAGACCUUUGACGAGAAUGUGGACAGCGCCAGAAUCUGGCGAAGGAGCAUGGCCCACGACGAUGCCUACGUCGACUUGUCAG